UCGAUUCAAUUUCCUAAUUUUUUUUCAUCACAUAAUAAUAAUAUCAGUAAAUUUCUGCAAAAAUCAACAAUUUUUUCUUCAGAUUUCUUUGCAAUUUCAAGAUACAUACUAUACAGGAUUUAUACAAAUCAAUAUACAUCUGAUAUUGUAGAGUUUUCAAGAGCCAGGAAGUGAGCUAUGGGUUACAAAAAAGGAGGAAGAUUCAUGCCGGAAGAGGAGAACGGCGUCGGUGCUACACUGAGAGAUGCUUUGUUAUUUACUACUAUGUGUAUUAUUGGGCUACCGGUUGAUGUUUAUAUCAAAGAUGGUGGUGUUUAUUCGGGUAUUUUUCACACUGCUUGCGUAGAUGAUGAAUAUGCUAUUGUUUUGAAGAGGGCAAAGAUGAUUAAGAAGGGUAGUCGAGAGGCGAAUGUAGAACGUGGAAGUUUGAUAGAGACACUCAUAAUUCUGUCUGAAGAUCUUGUCCAAGUUGUCGCAAAGGGGGUUAUCCUAUCUGCUGAUAGUAUUCAAGGACAUUUAGAUGGGGAUAAUGCAAGAACUGUUUGUAGCAAUAUAACUUAUCCUGAAUACACCAAAAAGGAGAUGAAAGCAACAAAGUCCAAGGUGUCUACCGUGGAUGGAGAGAAAGCUAGUAAAGAAAGAUAUGUGCGAAAUAGCUUAAUCAAUAAGCAAAGUGAUCGCAGAGAGAGCCAUGAGUCUCUAAGGGAGAGAACUAUCCUUGAAGUUCAAGGCUCAAGCUCAAAUGUGGAUGUUUCUGUUACUCAAGCUCAAGCAAAUGCCCUCGAGAAUGUUACCUUCAUAAAAAACUUGGAGUUGUCAUCAAAUGGAAUAUCUCAUGGUAGUCCUCCUCUUUCCUCAACCAAACUUGAUGAUCGGAAUAAUGAUAGGCACAGUCAUGAGCAGCAGACUCCAGGAAAAACUCCUUGUUUGGGCCCUACUUCCUCUGGUGCUCCAAUCACCUCAGUCUCAUGCGUCAGCUCAUCAUCAGCUCCAGCUGAUUUGGUGCCUUCACGAGGUUCAAUUCAUAAUGCUAGCACAAAGGAAUCUAAGCUCAACCCUGGGGCAAAGAUAUUUUCUCCAUCAACUUUGCAGCAUAGAACUGUUACACCUCCUGUGGUGCCAACGAUGGCUUACGUGCCAGAUUCCUGUCCUGUAGUACCUGUUGUUACAGCAGAGCCUGAAGUUGGAAUUACCCCCUUUGCUCCUCAUCCAUCUGUGCCUGUUAAGUUUGUCUCAUAUAAUAAUUUGGCAGCUGGAAAUGGUGGCUUGGAUGUACAGUAUGCUCAACCGACAAUUGGAUACAUGGGAAGCAGGACUCAGCCGGCAAGGUAUGGCAGUCAGUAUCAUCACCUUCAGGCUGCAACUGGUUAUGUGCAUCCAAAUUCUCAAAAUGUUAUGGUUGGACGGUUGGGACCACUUGUUUAUAUGCAUCCUGUUUCUCAUGAUAUUGUUCAGAGUGCUGCAGGGUUCCCUCAAGUAUCCACACGUCCUCUAUUAAUUCCACAUCAGGUCCAUCCUCCUAAGCAUCAAGGAAGUACAGCACCACAAGCACUGCAGUUGUAUAUGACUCCCCCAGUCAUAACAGGGCUCCAACAACCAUUCACUAUACCAAGCAUUCCUAUUACACAGGCGUCUUUUCCUGUUAUGCGGCCUAUGCAAUUCCCAGUACCUAAUGGUUUUGUGCCUAACAAGUUUGUGUGAAUAUACUUCUGUAGUUGAAAUGAUGCUGCCUAUUGAGAUUCCUUUUUCGUUUCUUCUCAAUCUCUGGCAGUGUGAUUCUUUUCUAAGUUUUUGGUCUUGUAGUAUGAGCAGGUUAUUCUUUGUUAGGGAGAGGCAUUAACAUUGUAUAUUGAGUUACGCAUGAAGUUGUUUUUGUUUGGAGGUA